AGGCACCAGUUUCCCAGUUCUUCAGAACUCAACAACACAGCCGAUCAAAAUGGGAGCCGACGCCUCACUUCCAAUGGAAAUGUGCAGCAACUUCGAUGCAUACGAGUUGCGUCGUUUGACCCGUCGUUUCAAGAAGCUUGAUGUCGAUGGCUCAGGCUCACUGUCCGUUGAAGAGUUCAUGUCUUUGCCGGAAUUGCAGCAAAAUCCACUUGUCCAACGGGUCAUUGACAUAUUCGAUGAGGACGGAAACGGAGAAGUCGACUUCAGAGAGUUCAUCCAAGGAAUCUCACAGUUUAGUGUGAAAGGCGAUAAAAAUACGAAAUUGAAAUUUGCAUUCCGCAUCUACGACAUGGAUCGUGAUGGAUUCAUCUCAAAUGGAGAGCUUUUCCAGGUGCUGAAAAUGAUGGUAGGAAACAACUUGAAAGACUCUCAACUCCAACAAAUUGUCGAUAAAACUAUUCUGUUCCACGAUAAAGACGGUGAUGGAAAGAUCUCGUUCCAGGAGUUUUGUGAUGUCGUUGAGCACACCGAAGUGCACAAGAAGAUGGUGCUGGAGAACAUCUGAUUCCGGACACCAAAACCUAUACAGCUUUAACCUGCUUUUUUGUUCAAAAAACAUGACUUUCUAGUCCAUUCAAUUUUUCAUCUGAAUUUAGCCGUUUUUCCGAUAUGUCCCCGUAGCUGUCACUUGUACAUGUUUCCCCAACCGAUUUCCCCUUUUUCUCUUUCUGGCUCUCUUGCUCUUUGAUCUAUGCUGAAAAAACUAUAUUUAUAAAAUAAGGUUUGAUUUAAAUAUAUUCUUCGAAAAAAUUCCCAUUCGUCAAUCUAGUCAAUGUUUCCCCUUGCGCCGUGAGUUUUAUUAACCACGUUUUGACGUUUUUAAUUGUUUUAUUUUCAUUUUUAACAAGAAAUAUAUUAAUUUUGUCUAAUUGUCACUAAAAGUCUAUAUAAAUGUCUUGUAAAAUCAUUGCAUGCGGUGCUAUUGAUGAAAAAGAAACUAUUUUG